AUGCUCCUCCCAACCAAAUUAUACAACAGCCGUCUAGAGCUGGCAACACAACAGCUUCACUUCCCGCCGGUUCCAAUUUCUCCAGGUGAACGUCAGCACCUACCGAAUACAGCGAAAAAACUGAGGAAAUUCGAUGUUGGAGAAUGCGAUGCUGCGUGUAGAGUGCUUGGAUUACCUAUCAGAGCGGAUGAUACAGUGGUGGAGAAAAGAAGGUCCAUUGCGGAGCACCUGGGGAUCCCUUCUGAUUUCUGGUGA